UGAAAACUGUCCGCUGUACGGUAAAGUGUCUCCAUCGCAAGCCCGAGGCAUUUGAACAGCACCAUGGACCAACACCGGCAGCAACGACCAACGAUUCGUCCUCUGCAGCAUCAGCCACCACAAGCCCAAAACAUUCCAACUGGAGCUUUGCCGUUCUUUCCACCUUGCAGUAAGAAAGAAAUGGAAGAAACAACCAUCGACAAUCGAAAGGAGGGCUUUGAAGCCGACCUAGACAAUUCAAUUUCAAAACCAUCAAUCUCUCUUCAGCCUUCAAUGGACGAUGACAUAAGUCACCGACGAGCUGCCAACGAGGAGUCCGCGUCAUCGGUGCAGCUUGUUGACGACAAAACGAGCCACAGUUACGCUGGUCUUUCUGGAAAUGAACCUGAUGCUCCAGCUUCUGUUGUGGUUGCCAACGAGGGAAUUGAGGGAGAAGAUGUCAAUAAGAACAUCGCCAAGGACUUUUCUGUCCGUAUGCCUUUUUCCCUUCCCAAUUUUAAGCCUGCUACUGGAUGCACGGAUGCGUCAGACUUUAUUGUGCAUUGCUUUCUGGUCCGGAUGCGAUCGGGGAUUACGGUCGUAAAGCACGGACGGUCACGCUGGUGCAAGUCUCGUCUGCGUGUGCUACACAUUCUUCCAGAUGGAUGCACAUUGACUUGGCAACCUGCCGAAGGGGAACCAAGGAGCAGUCAAAGACCUCCCAAGUUGGAUCUCACCCAAUGCGGGGAAGUGCGGCAUUCCUGGAGCCCUGACCCAGAAAACGCAGUCUACACAGGGACGAAAAUCCUUCGCAAAAAGUGUGAAUCUGCCAAUGCUCACAAGAGUUUAGCGCUCAUCUUCCCAAAGCGCACAGUUGACAUUACCGCUGUAACUGCCGACCAGUGCAAGGUCCUCAUGGAAGGGUUUUCCGCCCUCUGCUUUCGCUUGCACGUCGCCAAGUCUGCUCCAAAGGAAGCCAAUAAACAGAGUGAUGCUCCACAAAGGAGGCCCACAGAUGGAGUCUCCACCGCUGCGAGCGUCACCGUCGACAAUUCGUUUUCGCGAGAAGAUGCUGAUGCUGGUACUUCGGCAUGAAUCGAAUCGAACUGCAGUGCAGCCUUUUUCAAAGCCAGCACUCCGUAAUUUACCGGAGCUUGGCAUGUAUUGACACCGCCACGAGACUAUGCCGGCAUCUACCGGUCGCUAGAUGGUCUCGUAUUGUUGCCAAUUGAACCGGGAAAAAUCACGCGUAUCCCCGAGCGAGGCAAGAAAACUGUCCACGGCGCACUCUAGCCAGCUAGCGGAGCACGUGGACAAGGUUGGUAUGUCCACAUCUCUGUCAGGCAUUACUCAUUCCCCAACGCAACAUGAGAUGCAAUGGCACCCCACUCGAACGUUUUUUUUCUUCGUGGGGCCAUUGCUACGACGCAAUCACGACCUGAACAACACAACUAUUUUUGUGCUGUAGUCGUUCUCCGCCCUUACGCAGAGACCUAGCUAGCCAGGUGCUCUACCUGCAAAAUAAACAACCUGCGACAUCUAUUAUUUUGCUGCGGUGGAGCGAGCUGUACUGUGUACGCUAAGGCAGCACGGCCUACCGUAGUGUGAUUUUAAGAUUACAAGACUGCUCAAAGGUUCCAGCUAG